AUGAUUUUAUUUAAACUUCCUGGUAUUGCGAUAAUAAUUCGACUCAUCAAAAAGUUUGCAGAUUCAUUACCCUCUGAUAAUUCCAGUCCUACACGGCUUUACAGUCCUUAUCUGUUGUACCCUGUCGUAUUUGAUUGGACUUUGAGGGAUUUCCACGAAAUAUAUAAUAAUUCAUAUUCUACAAGAAGCGGGCUUUUCGUCUUACCUCCUCCCGAUAGCAUUAAAAAGAUUUCUGGUAAAUCACAACCUAUUCAUCGCUGGCGUAUCUAUCUCAAAAGUCAUCAGAGUCAAAAACAAUCUUAUAUAUCUUUAUUUCUGGAAGCAAAUAAGACAAAGUUCGAACAAACCCAUGGAUUGCAAGCUAGAACUACAAAGUGGAAGUUCGAAAUGUUCCGCAUAAUUGACGCAAAAAAUAUAAAAAAAUGUGCUGAAAAAGUUGCUGAACAUGAAUUUCAACUAUCUUCUAGAAAUCCUAACUGGGGUUGGUCCGAAUUUUGUGAAUUAAACGUUAUAUUUCCUAAUGGUAUUAUUUCUGAGAAAACUGAUUUACUGAUUCGCAUUCACUUCCUUGAUCCUCUUGACAAUACACCUGUAAUUCACCCCAUGUCAUUGUUAUCACAAUCUCUGGAAGAUUAUUUUAACAAUGAAGCUUUCAGUGAUAUUACUUUCACUUUUGAUUGUGGUUCAAAGCUUUAUGCUUCUCGACUUGUCCUUACACUCCGUUCUCCCUUUUACAAAGCUAUGUUCACUGGUCGUUGGAUAGAAACUACAUCUUCUACUAUUCCCGUCAAAGAUGCAAGCUUUGAAUGUUUUCAUGCCAUGUUUUAUUUUUUGUACACUAGCAAGCUCCAAGAGAGCUUGUCUUUUAAUACAUUGAAAGGACUAUAUUAUGAAGCUGACAUGCGUGAUAUGGUGGAUCUGGUUAAAGCUGUAGCACUAAGGGUUGCUGGAAUGAUAAAUAGUGAAAAUUUUGGUGAUGUGUUUAUGAUGGCUUAUCAGACCGAAAAUAUUUGGUUGAGAAGCAAAGUUUUAAAUUUUAUUCAUUCUAAUUUUGAUAGUUUGCGGAAUUGUGAGGGAAUAAAACGAAUUAUAGCAACUGGAAAUGUUACAGAAAUUUCAAAUAUGUUGGAAAACUAA